CGUUCCCAGAUCCGUGUGAAAACGGACGCUGGGCGGGAUGAAAGGUUGUAAACAUGGCGGCGGCCUUGGAGGAGGAUGAAAUUGACAAUGAUGAUUACUAUUCACUAUUAAACGUGCGGAGGGAGGCCACGCAAGAGGAACUUAAGGCAUCGUAUCGGCGUCUUUGCAUGCUCUACCACCCUGAUAAACACAGAGACCCUGAGCUGAAAAGACAGGCAGAGCAGCUUUUUAACCUGGUGCACCAAGCAUAUGAAGUACUAAGUGAUCCACAAUCCAGAGCUAUCUAUGAUAUUUAUGGGAAGAGAGGGCUGAGCGUGGAAGGAUGGGAGGUAGUGGAGAGGAAAAGAACACCGGCUGAGAUCCGGGAAGAGUUUGAGCGCCUUCAGAGAGAGAGGGAGGAGAGAAGACUUCAGCAGAGGACCAACCCUAAGGGGACAAUCAGUGUGGGUGUGGAUGCCACAGACCUUUUUGAUCACUAUGAAGAAGAGUAUGAGGAACUCUCUGGUGGCGGCUUCCCCAACAUUGAGAUUAACAAGAUGCAUAUAUCUCAGUCCAUAGAAGCCCCACUGACAACGUCAGACACGGCAGUUCUCUCCGGCUCGCUUUCCACACACAAUGGCAACGGCGGUGGAAGCAUUAACCUGGCUCUACGACGGGUGACGUCAGUGAAAGGCUGGGGAGAGGUUGAAUUAGGAGCAGGAGACACACAUGGUCCUCUCUUUGGGUUGAAGAUUUUUCGCAACCUGACACCUCGCUGCUUCAUGACCGCUCAGUGUGCAAUGCAGUUUUCGUCACGUGGUGUGCGUCCAGGCAUAACCACCGUGCUUGCUCGCCACCUAGACAAGAACACAAUGGGCUACCUACAGUGGCGCUGGGGUGCUCAGUCUUCCAUGAACACCAGCAUUGUGAGAGACACAAAGAGCAGCCACUUCACAUUUGCUGUGCAGUUGGGGAUCCCACAUACUUUUGUUAUGAUGAGCUACCAGUACAAAUUCCAAGAUGAUGACCAGACCAAGAUCAAGGGUUCUGUUAAAUCAGGCUUUUUUGGAACAGUGGUGGAGUAUGGCGCUGAGACUAAGAUCAGUCGACACAGCGUUCUCGGUGCUACUGUCAGUGUUGGAGUGCCGCAAGGUGUUUCGCUCAAGAUCAAGUUGAACAGAGCCAGCCAGACAUAUUUCUUUCCAAUCCACUUGACAGACCAGCUCCUUCCCAGUGCGGUAUUCUAUGCCACUGUUGGACCUUUUGUAUUUUACUUGGCCAUCCAGCGGCUUGUUAUCAAGCCUUACAUGAGUGCUCAGAAGGAACAGGAACUGGAGAAGCAGCGGGAGAGCGCCGCAUCUGACGUUGCCAAGAAGAAGCAAGAGGCAGAGUCUGCUGUUCUGCUGAUGCAGGAGUCUGUACGCAGGAUCAUUGAAGCAGAGGAGUCGAGAAUGGGCCUCAUCAUACUCAAUGCCUGGUAUGGAAAGUUUGUGACAGACAACAGUAGGAAGCAUGAAAGAGCAAGAGUCAUUGAUGUGACUGUACCUCUACAGUGCCUGGUGAAAGACUCCAAACUCAUUCUCACAGAGGCCUCAAAGGCUGGCUUACCAGGCUUCUACGACCCCUGUGUGGGUGAGGAAAAGAGCCUGAAGGUGCUGUAUCAGUUCCGAGGCGUCAUGCACCAGGUUCUGUCUGGUGACACAGAAGCACUCAGGAUACCAAAACAGUCUCACAGAAUUGAUAAUGACACUUAGGAACCAGUAUCUACAGGGCUGAAAGGGACAACUUGGACAGACAUAUAGGAGAAAUGGAUGUUAUAGUGACUUGGAUGUUCCCUGUCGCCUAAAAGCCAUUCACAUACACUAUAGCCUUCAUUUUUUGGAGUUUUAAUCUUUAAGUAAAAGGCUUGUUUAAUGGAGUCCAUUGGAACAUGCAUGAAUCUGUUGAAUCCCCAUUUGAAAAACCUGUAUCUGAAAUCAGUACAAGCAAGAAUAUGCAAAGUAUUUGUUACUUUCCUUGUUAUUUUCACCUCUUGUUUUUUGUAAGACAAAUUCCUCUUCCCCAUAGGAAAAUGGUGGUUACUGUACUAACAUAUGUAUUGAAAGACCUCCAGUAUCCCAACAGUGCCUGUAUUCAGUCCUCAUCUGAGUGCGCUGUUUAACCCUGCUAUAAAGACAUCAGUGCAUCCAGUGCAUUCUAUAGCAAUCCACAGAAUUCCACUAAAAAAGGAACAAAAUGAGUGUCCCAAACAUCAGCAACACUGAAUAGCCCUGUACUGGUUAGGAAAUGAUAUCCUAGCCUUUAUGAUACUGGCCAGUCGUAACAAAUUUUCACCAUUCCAUUCUAUCUGGAACUCAACUAACCCAGAGCAGAGAACUCAUCACCUACCAUAUGAAACUGUUUCAUGAAUAUAAAGCAUGGGGACAUUAUAAUCCAUUUUUCUUCAGUGAUGAAACAAAUUAUGACGUAUACCACUGGCUUUGACAUUCUGUGGCUGGAGAAACUGAUCUAAAAUUGCACUGAAUGUGCACAGUUAAAUAUAGUACAGUUAGGCAAACACCUUGUUCUUAAAUGAUGUGAUUGGUAAGAAAUAAUGGUGUGAAAUAUAAGUUUUCAUCAACUUCCCAUACCUCCUUGAAUUGUCUAAAAAGUCAUGUUUUAAUGCUACAUGGAGAAAAAGAAAUUCUAUCUGUUUCUCUGCUACCACAAGCCUUCAGAAACAGACCAAUGACUUCUGCAGUUGUUGGGAAGUUGAAAAAAAAAAGAAAAGGACUGGUUGUGCAGCAUCUCUGUUUCUGUCUGAAAGUGUCUAUCAUCAGUAAAGUACACACUCUGGACUUUUGCCAUGGGGUUGGGAGAGAUUAAUUAAAAUGAAAUCAAAAUGGUUUUAAAAA